AUGUCUCGUGCAGCAAAAUUAACCCUCCUCGGCACUUCUCUUUUCGCAGCCAGCACCAUAGUCUUCGUACAUUAUGCGCAAAACGCCGAGAAAGCUGCAAUGCAUGCAGGCGUAAUUCGCGACAUGGAACAACAGCGCAUAAAAAAAGAACGCCAGUUAGACUUUGACAUGCAGCGGGCGAUGGAAGAAGAAUAUAGGAAGGUGCAGAAAGUCAGCGAUGGGACUGCAAGGUGA